UUGCUCCACGACAACCACUCAUAUUAUUAUUUUCACCCCCCAAAAGAAAAGAUUCAAAACCUUGUUCCGUAAUCCAUCCACUCGAUUCCGCCAUCUUUUUAUCUUUAUACGCCCGUUCAAGGAACCAUACGGAAAAGAACACCCAAAAAGAAACAAAAAGGAAGAACCAUCCAAGCGCCAUGCAGAUCUCAUUUCUCGUCUUCAUUUGUCUUCUUUACAAGCCAGCCACAAGUCAAACCUUCGAUACGCCUCCGGAAAACUGUCUGUCGCUUCAGAAUUCCAAUGCAUCCUUACGAUCUUAUGUAUCGUCGCCCGAGUUCCUCAUGCCCAUGAAUUGCUUCAACGACGACAAUAUGACCAUUCCUUACCCAAGAUAUUCCUUGUCACGACUGUGUGCCGGCCUCAUCCAAGAUUCCGACUACUCAUUGCCAUGUAAUUACCAUUUUCAUAUGACACCACCUCCACUGUGUCAAAGCACCUGCAAUGACUGGUACAACAGUGUGGCCGAGAUUUCCGAGAGCGAACAGCUGUGUCCAGAUCGAACCGCACGCCAAGACGGGCUCGAGUAUUUCGCUUCUUCAUGUGCUUCGUGGUCAGGUUUCAAUGGAAGUGCGGGAUAUUGCAUAUCGGGAAAAACCAAUGAACCCGACAACUGUGGAUUUCAGAACGACACGACUGGUGCGUGUUUGUACUGUCAGGAAAAUGGGGAUGAUGUAUGCUGCAAACAGGUAGCUUGUUCAAGUAACCUUUCCACGGGAGCCAUUGUGGGCAUUGUCAUUGGUUGUCUGGUGGCGGGAGCAUUAAUAGCAGGCGCAUUUUUCUGGUUCUGCUGUCGGCGGAAACGGGUGCGACAGAAUCGAUUCAGUUUUCGAACGUAUAUACCACCUUUCAAUCAGCCCGCCAGUCAUGGUUUUAAUACAAACAUCAGUGGGUUUUCCGACUCAGUGGCGAGUCGUCAAGCACUGGUGACCCAUGGCAAUGCCGCCAACGACAAUGGAACGCACGAAGAACAGUCCAACUUCAUGGAUGUCGGUGCUCAUCCUCCCGAAGAAUCUUCAGCCGAGCCCGAGAAAUCACUGACACAAAUCGAAGAAUUGUUUGAAGUGGUUCAUCCGUAUCCACCGCAAAUGGGCGAUGAACUGGGAUUACACGUGGGGGAUAUUGUGUGUCUAGCGAUGCAAUUCGACGACGGAUGGGCUCUCGGGUUCAAUGUCACUACGGGAUCGCAAGGCGUGUUCCCAUUGGUUUGUGUUGUACCAGCGUCGGAGGAAUUGCAGGAACGAUUACUCCAACCGGGUGUGGCUGAUGAUCGUGGCUAUUCCAACAAAAUAUUAAUCGAGGACGACAGUCUGCCCUAUCAAUCCCCGCCACCGUCGUCACCCAAUCAUGUCGCUUUAACCAUGCAACGCAUUCGCGAAGACAUGCGUCGCUCGUUGAGUGUUCACUCCUCCAUGCGCCGCACACCAUCACCAGGACCCACCUCAUCACCACCGACGCCACUGCCACGGUCAGAAAUGACCAAUCACAGUACCAUUCCCCGACGCACCGCGAGUAUCAUGCGAUCAUCUUAUGGUUAUGCCGAAAUCGACAGCCCAACUUCCCCCACCACCAACACACCGUUUUUUGACGUGCCUAUUCCUACCGAUACAACCACCUCAGCUGCACCUUACUAUGAUGCACCCAAAUCUCCCGCAGCCCCUUACUUUGAUGCGACCAUGCUCUCCAACACAGCCGAGCCAUCCAGUAUGUCCCCCGUCUCACGGACACCCGAAGCCUAUGAAAUGUUUCAUCAACAUAAUCGAGUCUCCAAACAUGCCGUCGUCGAUGACAGGUGAAAUCAAUAAAACAAAUAAAUCUAAAAAGUAACAAAGAAAACGACCGAAGUAUUGAUCCUGUUACGGGGCUGUGCUACGAAUGAGCAUCCCCUGUGGAUGUUCAACGGCCAUGGCAAAAGCGACCUCUUAGCGGUUCAAACAGGUCGCUUAAUUAGUGGAGGAAAACUAAAAAGCCCAAAACUCCAGUAAAAGAGAAAAGUGUACGAAUUCGUGGAUUCAUGGCGCCGGAUUGCAAUGGAAUAUAGUUCGCAUUAUGAUGCCUAGAGGGUGAAACCACUCAGUUGAUCAAUCGGCCGGGAUACAACGAAAGUUUCUUAAUAUGGAAGUCCUACCAUUUCUGGUAUAAUUGAGGACAAUAUGG